AUGAACCGGCUUAAAAAUGUCUUGUUUCGGCAGUUGCCAUCGGAUGAAGAGCGCGGACAUGAUUCAAUACUACUUCCACGGUUUUCUUUUGAAGUGGAUGACCAGCGACUUCUACGCGACCAGGGCAGCGAGGAUACGCAGUACGAUGCUGGCUAUCAUCUUACCACAGAAGCCAUGAAACGAGAGCAAGAAAUAAUAGUUACCUGGGAUGGCCCGCUCGAUCCGGCGAACCCUCUGAACUGGUCGCAGAAGCGUAAAUGGACGGUUACCAUACUGGUCUCGCUGUUUACGUUCAUCUCACCAUUCUCCUCUACUAUGGUCACUCCCGCCCUUCCAGAAAUCUCUGAUGAUUUCGACAUACCGGAAGGGUUCAUGACCCAGCUCGUCAUGACGAUCUUCUUGCUCGGCUAUGCUCAGGGUCCUUUUGUCCUGGCACCGUUGAGCGAGAUCUUCGGGAGAGUUACUGUUCUACAGUAUGCGAACCUCAUAUACCUUUUAUUCAACACCUGCUGUGGCUUUGCAAAGACAAAGGAGCAGAUGCUCGCAUUUCGCUUCCUCAGCGGGUUGGGGGGUGCAGCACCACAAGCAUUGUGCAAUGGUGUUCUUGCUGAUACAUGGCGCAAAGAAGAGCGCGGCAAAGGACAAGCAAUCUACGGUAUGCUGACCUGGAUUGCGCCCUGCGUCGCUCCCAUCUGCGGCGCGUACAUUUCUGAAGGUGUCAACUGGCGUUGGAUUUUCUUCGCCACUUCCAUCUUCACCGUUUUCGUACAAGUCACAGCUCUAUUGUUCCUCUCGGAGACUUACGCACCGACCAUCUUGGCCCGCAAAGCAAAGGGCAUUCGAAAGUCUAUGCAGAAAAUUCGGCCCAAUGUCGUGGUACGAACAGAGUUCGAAACAGGAGAUCGCUUUAGUAAGAUCAUACGGAAGAGGCUCAUCCUACCCUUCAUCAUGAUGUUCACCCAUCCUGCGACCCAGGCUCCUUCAAUCUACCGCGCCUACUUGUAUGGCGUCAUGUAUCUGUUGCUCUCGACCUUCCCCUUAGUCUUUGAAGAGGUGUACGACAUGUCUGUCGGUACUGCAUCGCUCAACUAUCUUUCCCUCUGCUUGGGCUUCAUGAUAGGAUUGCAGAUUUCCCAUCCACUCAUGGACGGCUUGUAUGCUCGCCUAAAGAUCAAGUACAAAGUUGAAGAAGGCCUUCCUGAAUUCCGCGUUCCACCCAUGAUCAUUGCUGGCAUACUCUGUCCUAUUGGCCUAUUCAUCUACGGUUGGACAACACACUACGAAGUGCACUGGAUUGCCCCGAACAUUGGCUGCGUCAUCCUCGCAAUCGGUCUAAUCAUCGGGUUCCAGUGUAGUCAAGCAUAUACUACGGAUGCGUAUGAAGCGAGGUAUGCGGCAUCGGCGGCAUCGGUGGGUGCCUUUAUGCGCACAAUGAUGGGCUUCUCGUUCCCGUUGUUUGCACCACAGAUGUACGAAACCUUGGGGCUAGGCUGGGGAAACAGUCUCCUGGCGUUUCUCACGCUGUUUCUGGCACUAGUGAGCCCAGUGCUGCUGUGGUUCUAUGGCCCCAAGUUAAGGGCUAUGAGCACCAGGGGCUUAAUAUAG